AUGGCGAUUUCUGGAAGACCUAGCGACAAUUCCGAUCUAGGGAAGCCUGUACUUGGAGAAGAUGUAGAUCUGGUCAUUGUAGGAGCUGGACCAACAGGUCUUCUGUCAGCACUCCUUGCUCGCCAACUUGGUCUUAGUGUCUGUAUACUGGAUGCGAAGCGCGGCCCAUUGCAAGUGGGCGGUGCGGAUGCUAUAACGGCACGAACUCAACAGUAUUUGGAAGUAGCAAGUAAUCCAAAGGGCCAGGAUUCUAAGCCCUUGGGAAUUCUUGAUGGCUUGCUGAGCAGAGGCGUGAAGUGUAACAAUGGCGAGUUCACAUCUCGACAAAGCAAAUGGUGGAACAGCAUUGAGCACACCUUCUACAACAACCUUCUCAUGAUUGGUCAACCAUUCAUUGAACGCCACCUUGCCUCCUUCAUCGAUGUACCAACUCAUUACUCUGAGCCGGCGCUCUCGUUCUCACAAGUCGCAUCACCUCUUGGAGUUUCCGUCCGAACGGAAAAGCGUACCGUGAAUGCGAGGUACUGUCUUGCCGCUGAUGGCGCACGCAGUUUCAUGCGAAAUGAGCUGGGCAUUGGUUGGACAGGCACGAAGCCGAAUAUGAUCUGGGCAGUUCUGGAUUGUUGGAUUGAGACCACAUUCCCCAUUGCGAGAGAGAUUGUCACACUUCAAGUUGAUGGUGAAUCGAGGGUGGCAUGGAUUCCCCGGGAACGCGGCAUGCAAAGAUUCUAUGUCCUUCUUGAGGGCGAGAUCACGCAGCUGAAAACUGAAGCCUCGAUUAGAAGACAUAUGGCUCCACACGCUGUCGAGUUCACGCAUAUUGAAUGGUUCAGUAAAUUUGAAAUCAAAGAACGUGUGGCAGAGAAGUUUCUUUAUCCUACCCCUGUCGGACCGUUCAUACUUGCAGGCGAUGCUGCACAUGUACACUCCGUCAAUGGCGGCCAGGGUAUGAACACGGGCCUCUCGGAUGCCUUCAACCUAGUUUGGCGCUUGUAUUUCAUCCUCAAAUACAACCAAUCGCCCUCUAAACACCCUCAGCUACCACCUCGCUCAGCUGAAUCCAUCCUCGAAAGUUAUGACAUAGAGAGAAGAGCGACUGCAAAUCACGUCAUUGAUGUUGCAGCCAAACUGGUCAGAAGCACGACAGCAGAAGCAAAGGAGUACGUCGGGCUUAUUGAGAAGAACUCCAGCUUUAUAACCGGUAUGGGAGUGCAAUACUCGAAUCUCGAAUCCCCAUUAGUACGGGAAUCUGAGAAGGGUGUGUGGAAGGCGGGUCAUCGGGCUCCGGAUUUGUGGCUGCAUGACAAAAAGACGCAGGAUUCGAUUCGUUUAUAUCAGAAGAUGACCUACGGCCGGUAUAUGUUUAUACUAGUGCAGAGCACCAAGAUGAUCAAAGUAACACGACCGGAGUUUAUGACGAUGGUCAGAUUGGACAGUUUGAGGAGCAUGGGCGUGGGGAUGGAAAGAGAAGCUGAAAAGGAUGAAGGAAAAACAACCCUUGCCAAGGAGGCGCUCGGAUGCGCAUUGAUCAAGAAGGGAGAGGAGUACGCUGUGUUGGUUAGGCCAGAUUGCUAUGUGGAAUUUGUGGGCGAAGUGGACGAGGGGAUCACGUACAUUGCUCAACGCCUCCCGGGACUCUUAUGUGUCGGGUCAUAG